CACAGUAUGAAUGAAGUAUAAACAGACAGAGAGAGAAAGAGAGAGUCUCCUACACAAAACAGUCUCAUUCCUUCUCAAUUCUCAUACAAAUAUAUAUGAUAUACCACCAUAACUCCAUCAGCAUACACUACACUUGGAGAGAUGGGACCAUCACACCACUGUCCUCAGCUCAAAAUUUGAGCCCUUUUCCUUAACGACAGGAUCCGACUCUGCCGCUUCUUCCCACUCCUCCUUCCAAACACACACUUCACCCUCUUCUUCUUCUUCACUUUCUUUUUCUCUCUCUCUCAACCCUAACCCCAACCUCUCAUGGAAAUGGAAGAUCACCACCACUAUCAUCAUCAACAACAGUAUGACGUGGCCACUGAUCUCAGAAACCUCGUCAACCUACCAAUAAGGCCGACCCACUUCCCUUCUGUACCGCCACACCCCACGGCAGAGCUUUUUCCCGGCCACCGCAAUCUAACCCCCGUACCCACUCCCCACCACCACCACCAACAACAACAACAACAACAACAGUAUGAGAUGAUGAUGUUGAUGCCACGUGGGGUUCACGACUUCACCCCCACCAUCACCACUACUGUUGCCGCCACCGCCACCGCCAGUGCUUCAACUCCUCCUCCGGCCCUCAGUAGCAGUGGCUUUGAUGCUGAGACCGCAGCUUGCUUCGGUGGAGACGCUUCCACUGGAAGAUGGCCCAGACAAGAGACUCUCACUCUUCUUGAGGUCAGAUCUCGCCUUGACCCUAAAUUCAAAGAGGCUAAUCAAAAGGGACCUUUGUGGGAUGAAGUCUCAAGGAUCAUGUCUGAGGAACAUGGAUAUCAAAGGAGUGGGAAAAAAUGCAGGGAGAAGUUUGAGAACCUCUACAAAUAUUACAAGAAGACAAAAGAAGGCAAAGCAGGAAGGCAUGAUGGGAAGCACUACAGAUUCUAUCGCCAGCUUGAAGCCUUAUAUGGAGAAAACAGUACUAACACUGCAGGCUCAACCCUUCAUUUCCAAACAAAUCAAGAAAUGUUUCAGACUCAUCAGAACAACAAGCAUUGUGAUACUAGCACCAGCCUCACUAACUCAACUGAAUUUGACACAUCUUCAUGUGAUGAUGAUGACAAUGAUCAUAGCAUUGAAGAGAGUGAGUGUAUGAGGAGAAAGAGGAGGAGUAGGAGGAGCUGGAAGGUGAAGAUAAAAGAGUUCAUUGAUUUACAAGUGAAGAAGCUGGUGGAGAAGCAAGAGGAGUGGAUGGAUAAAAUUGUGAAGACAAUGGAGGAGAAAGAGAAGGAGAGGAUUAUAAGAGAGGAGGAGUGGAAGAAACAAGAGGAAAAGAGGUUAGAGAGGGAGCAAAGGUUUUGGGCUAAAGAGAGAGCAUGGAUUGAAGCCAGGGAUGCUGCUCUAAUGGAGGCUUUGCAAAAUGUAACAGGAAGUAGUUUUCCCUACAAUAAUAACAAUGAUCAUCAAUCUUGUCUUCACAAUCAAGGAAGUAACUAUUGUGAUAUCAAUGAUCAAAGGAAGGAGAAUGUUGGGAAGGCGCAAACAAGUGAUGGUUCUUCACCUUCAAAUUUCAAUGUGGGGAAUGUUGCUCCUAAUGAUAGCUGUAAUUUUCCAUUCUUGAUGAGUGAGGGAGGAAAUUGGUGGGAUAGCUAUGGGUUAAAGCUCAGUAAAGCAAACCAAAACCAAUGAGGGAAGGCUCAGUAAAUCUGGUGCUAUGAAGAUAACAUUAUGCGCGACGUUCAGGUAGGACCGAACUCAUUUUGUGAAUCUAAUAUAGGCAGGUGGGUGACUCGUAAGAAGCACAAAAUUUUGAGGCUGUUUAUCUAAGGAUGUCUCACAUGUUAUGUAUGCAAAAGCUAACUCAGUUUAUAUAUAUAUGUAUAGAGGUUGAUGACUAAGUGAUCAAUUUGAAUGUAUUUUAGUUAUAAUGAGCAUCUUUGGAGAAAAAAAAGUGUUCAAUAUUAGUGACAGUGAUGAAAUGGCAAAGAUCAAUUUUGCAUAUUGGAAUAGGACACCAAUUCGGGUGAGUUUCCUUUUCUUUUAUGCAUAUGCAAAUGUAAUUAAAAUUGUGUUGCUUUGUGUGCUGCACCUUUAUAAUAAUGAUGUUUACAU